AUGACAAGGUUACCGGCUCACAUUGAAUACUUUAAACAACAUUUUCCCGCGGACGUGGAUCUCGUGAAGAUACUCGCUUCUCUUUCUGCUUUUAAACCAUACAUGAUAAGCGUCAAAGUAUUCAAGGAGGACCGUACGAUGCACCUUGAGGCCAUAACAUAUUUAUUAAGAAACGAAUUCUUGGUGCAAUUGCACGCGUACAUCCUCUUCAUGAUACCUAAAUACAUCAAGAUGGGCUUGACGCAAGGAUCGACAGAUGAUGACCAUGACGUGGUUCUAAUCUCGCCCGAAAAUGAGGCGUCGGAUAGUGAAAAGAAAUGGUUAGAAGGGUUUACUGCCAAGGAACCCAAGGAAACCCUGUUUCAGAAAUUGAUCAAAUAUUUUAAUGGGAAACAUCACAUCGAUGAAAUUCUCUUUCGCGAAGACAUUAGAUCUCGAGAUAUGGGAAAGGUACUGAAUUUGGUUGCUGGGGGUCAUUUCAAUCCAUUUGGCAAAGUUCAUGGUGCUCCUGAAGACGAAGAACGUCAUGUCGGAGAUUUGGGCAAUGUUACAGCUGAUGACGGCGGAAAUGUGAAAAUCAUUAUCACGGAUAAUAAAAUUUCUUUGUUCGGAGCUAAUACCAUUGUCGGACGUUCCGUGGUUGUUCAUAAGGAUGUCGAUGAUAUGGGAAAAGGUGGUGCUGUUGAUUCUCUCACGACUGGUAACGCCGGUGCCCGUCUUGCCUGUGGAGUUAUCGGUAUCGCCAAAUAA